CACAAACCCAUGCUCACAAAGCUCCCACACCUCUCUUUCUCUCUCUAAAAACCAGCAGUCUCUCAGCCACUGAACAUGGCGCUUGAAGCUCUCAACUCGCCCACCGCCGCCGCCCCUUGCCACGACGACGCGGACGGCCACCCGUGGGCCAAGCGGAAGCGCUCCAAGCGCCCCCGCGUGGACCCUCAGGACCAGCCCUCCGAGGAGGAGUACCUGGCCCUCUGCCUCAUCAUGCUCGCCCGCGGCGGCAGCGGCGGCGAGGGCAGCCAGCCGCCGGUGGUGGCGCCGAAGCUCUCCUACAAGUGCUCCGUCUGCGACAAGGCCUUCCCUUCCUACCAGGCCCUCGGCGGCCACAAGGCCAGCCACCGCAAGUCCGCCGAAGCCGCCUCCGCCGCCCCAACCACCCCCGGCGAUAACCCUACCUCCUCCUCCUCCGCCGCCGCCGCCGCCGCACCGGGCAGCGGCAGGCUCCACGAGUGCUCCAUCUGCCACAAGGCCUUCCCCACCGGCCAGGCCUUGGGCGGCCACAAGCGGUGCCACUACGACGGCGGCAGCAGUAGCAGCGCCGCCCGUGCGGCCUCUUCCUCAGAAGCCGGCGGUCCGAGCCACACGACUGUCAGCCACCGCGAGCCGAUCGACUUGAACUUGCCGGCCUUGCCGGAAUUCUGGGCCGGCGCCGAUGAGAGCAGCAACAGGGACCGUAAAAUCCAACUCUCCGGCGAGCAAGAGGUGGAGAGCCCUCAUCCGGCGAAAAGGCCAAGGCUGUUCAUGGAUCAAGAGGAUGUGGGGACUUCCCAAAGAUGAUUUCAGACAUUUACGUGAAUUACAAAGCUUACCCUUCUUUUUCAUUUUCAUUUUCAUCUUUCUUUUCGAAGGAUUUAUUCGUUCAUUAGGCUUUUGUAUUUAGCUAGGGUUGAUCCGAUUGUUCUGUACAGCAAAAGAAACUGAUGAUUGUCAUUUGUGGAAUUCUUGCAGCCUCUCUUGGCUGCCUAUAUUAUCUAAUUAGUUGUCACUGAAACAUCA